GUUGGGCACAUUGCGUUACACUGAUGCCCCUGCUGUGUGGACCCAGAAAUCUCCAUCCUCUCCACCGCAGCAGCAGCAGCGUCCCAUCCACAGCCCAGGAACUGCACCGUCCGGCGGGAACCCGCUGACGAAGCACCGCCUGGCUGAGCUAUCCCGCCCGGCGCAUGGACGGUCCAGCACAAUGGCAGAGGAUUUGGGGGUGCCUCUGUCGUAUACCAACAACAGGUCGCAUGGAUAAUCCCUCUACAACCCUCCCGUAUCAUCCAGUGUUUGGGAUGAUUAGAGCGCCGCUGUCGGCUUGAUGUGGCAGGAGAGCCGUGCGGGAGCGGGGCUCGUCGUCCUGGCUGUCGACUGAGAGGAAAACGGCGUGGAGCAGGUGUAGUGUGGCUGGGGGGCUCAGCAGGAUGGAAAUAGAUGCCCGUUUCCGCUACUAUUUCCAGCAUCCAUGGUCGCGCCUCAUCGUGGCCUACCUUGUCACCUUCUUUAACUUCCUCGUCUUUGCCGAGGACCCCGUCUCUCACAGUCAGACGGAGGCUCAUAUGAUUGUGGUGGGCAACUGCUUCUCCUUCUUGUUCAACAAGUAUCCUGGCCUCGGAUGGAACAUCCUGAAAGUAGUGUGCUGGAUACUGGCCAUCAUCACUGGCCUGUUAGCCGGGAAGUUUAUAUUCCACCGCCAGCUCUUUGGUCGAUACCUGCGCCUGAAAAUGUUCCGCGAGGAUCAUGGCUCCUGGAUGACCAUGUUCUUCAGCACCAUCCUCUUCCUCUUCAUCUUCUCACACAUCUACAACCUUUUCCUGCUGAUGGCUGGGAGCAUGGAGCCUCACAUGGUGACAGAGUACAUGGGCAUCAGGAAUGAGAGUUUUAUGAAGAUUGCUGCAGUGGGGACGUGGAUGGGAGACUUUGUCACUGCUUGGAUGGUGACAGAUAUGAUGCUCCAGGAUCAGCACUACCCAGACUGGGGCAAAGCAGCCAGGAGAUUCUGGAAACAAGGCAACAACCGGAUUGUUCUCUUCUGGACAGUGCUCAUCUCUCUGACGUCAGUGGUGGUUCUGGUCAUCAGUACCGACUGGAUCAGCUGGGACAACCUGAACCGUGGCUUCCUGCCCAGCGAUGAGGUCUCCAGAGCUUUCCUGGCCUCCUUCAUCUUGGUCUUCGACCUUCUCAUUGUCAUGCAGGACUGGGAGUUCCCUCACUUCAUGGGUGACCUGGAUAUGAAUCUACCAGGAAUGUCAACAACACACGUGAAGGUCAAGCUUCCUGUCUGCAAGCGUGUCUUUAAAGAGGAGUACCACAUUCAUAUCACAGGUAAGUGGUUCAACUAUGGAAUCAUCUUCCUUGUGCUGAUUUUGGACCUUAACAUGUGGAAGAACCAGAUCUUCUACAAGCCCUACGAGUACGGUCAGUAUGUGGGGCCUGGGGAGAAGAUCUUCACGGUGGAGGAGCCAGAAACACUCAGGAACUUCAACCACAGCACGCUCACGUACGAGUGGCGCUCCACCAACAUCGAUCCCAGCACCAACCUGAGCUACGUGGAGAGGGACAUGUUCCUCCACAGCCGCUACAUCGGAGCCAGCCUCGACGUCAAGUGCCUGGCCUUCAUCCCGAGCCUGGCGGCGUUCGUCCUCUUCGGGUUCUUCAUCUGGCUGUUCGGGCGAUUUCAGGACAGUGAGACCUUCACGGAAAACCAAGACAAAACGUACGAGAGGAUAAAGAGGAAGUCGCCGUCGGAGUACAGCAAGGACAUGGGUGUGACGCCGGAGGAAACGCACGUGACCGUGAGUGACGGUCUGAAACGAUCGGGAACGCCCAUGCUGCUCUCCGUGGACGGGCCAAAUUUCGGAGCGACGCCCUCCACGAACUCGACUAUUUCCAUGGAAACCCAAGAGACGCACCCGAGCAUUGUGAUUGACAGUGCAGCGCAGGAGGAACCUGCAGUCUCUUUUGAUGUCCACAAACUCUCUCCGUGACCUUAUGAACUUCUGAGACUUUGAACUACAUAACUGCGGACUGGUUGAGGUUGAGAGUUCGUCAAUAUGCCGAAUUGUUGCUUUUCUUCGGAUGACAUCAAGCUGCAACAGAAAGUUGUUUGAAGCAACUUGUCAUGAGAUUCAUGAGAAGGACAAAGUGAUACUCACCAAGCUAAUGCAAUGGCUAUUGCAGUUGUAUUGAUAUAUUUUUCUAAACCAACCUUUGUAAGAGGCACUGAUUCCAAUAACAAACAUGUUUUACAACAGAAUGCAAACACUUAAUGGUGCUCGCUCCAAUUUUUUGCAUUUUCAUAACUCAAUUUUGUCAUGGUAAACUAUUUUGGUGCCUACAUGAGAGGAGUAUUUCUACAGCUGUGACACUGCAGUAUCACACCAGUGUCACAGCUACAGUAGUGCCUUGAUAUUUCUUAUGUUGAGAUACAGACAGAAACACAUUCUGACAGUCUAUGCUACUAUAGGCAACACAAUGGAAGCUGUCUUAGUUAUGGUCUGCUAUAUUAAUGUUUUAUAUAUGCUUUCAUAUCAUACUGUACGGACAAUUGUUACCUCAUUUGAUCGUCAGACUUUAUCAUAUUAAUUUAUGCUUGUGUGACGUCUCUCUUACUCCAUUUUUAAAUGUGUCACUCUUGUUGAAAUGAUAUGAUUAUGAACAUCAAUAUAUGUUGAUGACCUGCUCAUAUCCCCUCACUUGAUAUUAGUGGCAGAGAUAAUAAAUGCAAUCAGCAGAGAUCAAAUAGCAAACCAAUGAGCCACCUCAUGAUUACUUAUGUGGCUGCCGCACCUCCACUGAAUACCAACAGAGUCAAAAAGGUGGUUUUGCCCUUGGCAUAAACAUGCCAUUGAAGUGCAGGGGAGGCUCCUGCUCCAAAGCUCAGGGCUUCUUUAUGUCUAGAUAAACCUUGAAAGUUUUAGAAG